AUGCCGCCAAGCAGUGAUGCACUCCAUCAGCACCUCCUCCGAGUAGCUUAUCAGGUAAUGAUAUAAGACAGCCAUACAUAUGGGCAUACUAUUUCAAUGUCAUAAAGUAUAUCACUAAUCGUAAUUUUCUUUACAGAGUGGACAUGUUUGGGGCAGUAUGCUGGUCAAAGACGCUGUUACUGUCUAACUCUCACAGUGGGGAUGGCAGCAGGAUUCCCCAGACAGAGCACCCACACCUCUAUACACUACUACUGCAAUUAUUUCAAGGGACUUGCCAGAACUCGUUAUUUGCAAGUGCAAGACAGACUGUAAGCCACCUUGCAAAUGCUGCAUGCAGAGGCAGCCAUGCAUGUCUUGUGGGGUCCUCCAUAUGAGUGAGACUUAAAGCUGUAAAAUAUGAUGAAAACAUCCAAUCUAAACAUCUAAAGGAAAAAUAUCAUUGGUAUAAUUAGAUACCUGAUUUUCUGAUCUGUGUUUCACAAAGUUAUGUUAACUCUGAUCCAUUGAAGACUCUUAUAUGUUGUCAGACAUCAGUCAUGCACUUGGAUUUUCUUUUUUUUCUUUUUUUGCAUAAAGUGGCUUACAUUAACUUUUUUUAUUCUUGUGGUUUCUUUAAAUUUCCUCUUUGUAUGCAUUUUUUAUGCUCAUGCCUUAAACAUUACUGACUCUUCUUUUUUUAAUUCUAGGUUUUGCCUUUAAAAGUGUUUUCUUUAGUAGAUUACUCCAACACUGAGAGCGAUGAGAGUGUGACCAACAAGCCUAUGUCUUCACCCUGUCAUGAAGUGUUUCCAAAGCUAAGGACAAAUAGUAUUCUGGUAAGCCUCACAUCCUUAAUAGCAAAAACCUUUUAAUGGGUCAUUUUGACAAAAAUCUACACUUGCUAUUGAAACUGGCUUUCAACAUCUUUACCUUUAUAUUACUCCUUUUAUAAAUAAAAAUGGAACAACAUUUUUCUCUCUCAAGUGACGACCACACAGAGGGCCUUUCCACUUGCAACUCUGACAUAGUAUCACAUAGGGUGAGGAAUGACUGCUUCAUAAAAAGUCUAUUUUUACUUGUCUAAUUUGUCAGUACAAGGAUACUGCCAUAUAAAGUCAAAAACAUUUUUUUCUAACUACAGUUGCAGACUUGCACAUUCAUUAAAAUGUACAUCUGCCAUUCCAGUUGGCCUGCCGGGUGAUGACUUUUUCUUCCCUUUUAUUUAUAUCGCUCUUAGUAAUAAUUUUUAAAAUAUCUUUCUCAUGAGUGGCUGUGCCUCCUCACUCAUAUACUCUGAUUUUUGCUUAUUUUUCAGACUCAUAUAUUCUUUGUUUUUCUCUCUUCUUGCUAUGUAAAUCAGAGUACAGGGUAUACCUUAACCCUGAUUUAAUUGUCUUGCAGAUGCAAACAGAACCAGAUUUUGGUCGUCCUCAGUAUGAUUCGAAUGAGAGUGUAGUGGAUAAAACCAGUGAUGAGGAUUCUGUAACGGAUCAUUCCAGCAUGCACUCAGUUUGUGAACUUGUUCGCAAGCUAAGAAGAACAAAGAGUAUUCUGGUAUGCCUCUGACAGUGAAUACAAAUGACUCAUUCAUUGUCUAUUCUGCCCAAACUCCUUUGCUGUGUUGUUAAUAAAGACUGUAACUAAUAUGGAUAAGUGUAACCCAAUAUGACUCUCUUUUGCAGAUGAAAGAGGGACAAGGUUUUCUAAUCUUUAUGAUUCAAGUGAUGACUUAGGAAAACUUAUCCCCUGCAAGCAGCCAUAAAUAAAGACAGAGGGACAAGAAUUCAUGCACUGUGUGUACUGCUAUGCAUUAUAUACAAGAAGGGUGAUGUGGAGACACUCUGAAGUCUGCAAAUUCAAGCCUGACGGGAAGACCUCUAAACCAGGAAGAGCAAGAGUCCAGGCACUGUGCUUCUGCUGAACCAGCUCCUGUGAGAUAUAGUGAUGGAAACUGGAGAUUUCUGAAUGAAAUGAACCAGGACAAGAUCUCUGCAGCUAUUAAAAAGGACAGUUGUAUUCUAGAGUAUGGUUACAGACGGUUUAGAAAGAAUGAGAGGGUCACAACUCAACACCAGUACAUCCGGCAGAAACUAAGGAAACUCGGCAGACUGGUUCUUGCAGCAAGAGAGGUUGUACCUUUGAAGACUAUCAAAAAGCUGAUCAAACCUGAGAACUAUGUGCAUGUUGUUUCUACUGGGAGAUCCCUGACUGGAUUCAGUGAAUAAACUGGAAAAUAUAAAUGCCCAUCUCUAGCACGCAAAGUUGGACACAGCUUGCAUUCUUUGUCCAUAUUUCUUAAGUCAGAAGGACUGAAAAUGAGAGACAAAAAAACUGUGCAAGAUGCUGAGGAAUUUGCACAGCUGUAUCAAGAAAGUUAGAAAUUUGACAUCGCAAGCCAAGCAUUAACCCAUUUAAAAAAACGUUUCAUUUCUAAGGCUUUAAAAAUGUUACUGAAUGAUAUAUCAAUGCAUUUCCAGCAGAUUUGAAAAUAAUAAAGGGUCUUUAUGAAAUAUGUGCAGUGUCACAUGUUUACUGUAAAUUGUCACAUGACCAGAGCUGUUUACUUCCUGUUUGCGCCAAGCGAAGAGGAUGGCAGCAAGAAAGCUCCCAAAGAAAGGAUUAGUAAAGUAUGUUAACAUAAAGAUAGGACAUAGAUUUUUGGUACACAUCAUGUUUAAGGUGUCUAGUAUCGAUAAAUGCAUUUGCAAAUACUCAACUUUGUUUAAUGUGGUCAUAGAACUCACAUGUCACCGGCAACAAUAGUGACCUAUGGGAUAACCCAUUGUAUCUACAUGUUAAUACACAUAGGCUAACUGUUCUACCUUUCUUUCUGCUGCUACCUUUCUUCCUAAUUUUACACAAAGACACACACACAGAAACACACACACGCACACACACACACACACACACACACACACACACACACACACACAUACACACACACACACACACACACACACACACGAAGACUAGCUAGCUAACUCUACUUGAACAGUCAAAGUGGAAUGCUCCACAGCUCCUGCCAUUCACUCAGGACAUCCAGAUACUUCAUUCCUUUUUAACUGAAAAACAGCAGCAAGUCUCCGAUGCCCUGAAAGAAGACUUAUAAUUGCACCUCAUCUCUCACAUAUUCCUUUAUAUGCUUUGUAAAAAUUGUUAAAUUUGAUAUAAACUUGGACAAUCAGUGUCUGCCAUUUAAUAAUGUGACCCUGCAAGGUAAAAGAAAUACAUUAAAUGUUCAAAUGUAGCCAAAUGAAAAUAAAUAUUUUGCACAGGACCUGGACAAGACGUUAUUUUUUAAGUAAAAUUGUUUUAAUUUUGGUAUUUCUCUUGUCCAUUUUAAGUAUUGAUGCAUCCCGAGAGGAUUGGUCAUUUGGCCGCCUGGUGAAUGAUGAACACAGACAUCCAAACUGCCGUAUGAAAAAAAUUGAGGUAAAGGGAAGCCCACACUUGGGUCUUUUUUCUUUAAAAGACAUAAGGGACGGUGAAGAGAUUACAUAUGACUAUGGAGGCAACGACUGCCCAUGGCGAAUGCAAGUAUGUCUGAUGAUUGCACCGUAGAAUGUAUCAGAAUAUCAUUGUGUAUAAAGGUGUCUUCUUAAGUGUUUUCACAUUUUUUGGAAAUUUUGGACAGGAUAUUACUCAUUGUGAGGGUAAUGUGUUGUCAAUCAGGUCUACUAAUUACUAUUUACCUACUUGGAUAUGAUUUAGUGUUGACAUUACAUUGACCUAAAGCUCUUCAUAUCUACAUUGUCUUUUCCUCACAAAUCAUUGCAGAUGAAGUUGUGUGCCAUGGAUUCUCAUCCUAACAUUGUCUUUUCCUUAAAAAUCAUUGCAGAUGACAUUGUGUGCCAUUAAAACUGAUCAUGUCAAGAGCUCUGAUCCUGCUGUUAUGUCUGAGAAACAGAUGGAAGAAGCCUCAUGCUCACAGGACACUCCUCAACAGGUAUUUUCACCUUCAUCACCUGACAUUUACUUUUACAGCCUGUGUAAGUUGUGUUUUAGCAACUUAAUACAGCAAAUGGGCUCCUUGUGAGGGUACUUUGUUGUCAAUCAGGUCUACUAACAGCUAAAUCCAAUGCCUCAAUGUGACAAAAGAUGACAGGACUUUAAAGUUGGAUGUGAACCUUUGUGGAUUGUUUCCCUGGGGCCAAAUAUCAUGUUGGUCUGGCAAAUUUACGACGUCCCCACAAUGCACUUUUUUACAUUAGUAUUAGUGUUGAGUAUAAACCAGAGAUGCUUUGUCCCCAUAAAGAAUGAUAACAUGGUGUGUUAAAUGUCCCCAUUAAGCUUGUUGUAUUGAAGAUGUGUGACUGAAACACACAGGUUGACUUAUUAGUCUGAAAUAUUACAGUAUUUUUUUUGAUUUUUUUUUUUCUUAAGUCUGAUGUUUUGGCUAGUAUAUAAGAUUAGAGAUUCUUAAGAACAUGCAUUAACCUACUUGAAUAUAAUUUAGUGUUGACAUUACAUUGAUCUAAAGCUCUUCAUAUCUACAUUGUACUCUAUUUACAAAUCAUUGCAGACAACAUUGUGUGCCAUGGAUACUCAUCCUUACACUAUAUUUUUCGUACUUAUUAUUGCAGAUGACAUUAUGUGCCAUUAAAACUGAUCAUGUCAAGAGCUCUGAUCCUGCUGUUGUGUCUGAAAAAUGUAUGGAAGAAGCUUCAUGCUCACAGGACACUCCUCAACAGGUAUUUUCACCUUCAUCACCUGACAUUUACUUUUACAGCCUGUGUAAGUUGUGUUUUAGCAACUUAAUACAGAAAAUGAGCUCCUUGUGAGGGUACUUUGUUGUCAAUCAGGUCUACUAACAGCUAAAUCCAAUGCCUCAAUGUGGCAAAAGAUGACAGGACUUUAAAGUUGGAUGUGAACCUUUGUGGAUUGUUUCCCUGGGGCCAAAUAUCAUGUUGGUCUGGCAAAUUUACGACGUCCCCACAAUGCACUUUUUUCAUAUUAGUAUUAGUGUUGAGUAUAAACCAGAGAUGCUUUGUCCCCGGCUUAACUUCCCAUGGAAAGUUUCUGGAAGUUUACCAGAAAUUUACAGGAAAUUUUACGCUCCUUUGCAACCCUAGAUGUAAGUUUAAGUCAGCUGCAAACUGAUGACUAAGAGCUGAAUAUUGAUCAAAUCCGAGGACAGACGCUUAUAUUAGUCCUGAUCAUCCUCAUAAUUUCACUUGUACUGUAUGUACCGACACAGGACUUGGAACUGUAGCUUCUCCUUUAUACUGUUACUAAAACCUUUAUUUUUGUCUCCUUGCAGGUAAAGCUAAACAGAAAAGAACACCUUGGCAGACGGCAGAGGUUAGAGCAGUAG